AUGAUGGCAGAAGACUGGAUGGAAUUAAAGAUUGACGCAGAAAGGAACGUGAUGCUGAGACAGGCGCGUACUGCGCGAUUGAUCGUAACCUGUGGAUACAUUUUGAUGAUAUUUAUGUUUAGUUUUCUUAUCAUUCUUCCUUCUUUUGGUUUACAUUUCAGAUAUAUAGCAAAUUUUACGAAUCAGGAGAGACUAUUGCCGUUUCAGGCGUAUUACUUUUGCGACAUAAAUAGGAGUCCGCAAUUUGAACUCGCGCUUAUGGCUCAAACUGUGACGAUAUUUGUAGGAACAAUAAUUUAUACAUCGGUAGAUGCCUUUUUUGGUCUCGCAGUUCUUCACGUUUGUGGUCAGCUGGAAAACUUUAAAUAUCGAUUAAUCAAUUUGGCGUCCUCUCGAGACUUCGCUCACGCUCUGCGUAACAACAUACGAACACAUUUACGGCUAAUAAGAUUUGCCGAUAAUAUCAAAGAUAUAUUUACCUUUAUGAUGUUAGGAUUAGUUUUCUAUUUUGGUAUAGUAUUUUGUCUAUAUGGGUUUGUAUUAGUCACUGUGAUUACUGGGGACGAUAUUAAUCAUAUGUCUGUUCCGCGAGUAUGCUAUAUGAUAAUUGGAGUUUUUACACUAUUGUCAUAUACAUUUCUCUAUUGCGGUGCAGGAGAGAUUUUAGCGGGACAU